AUGGCGCAGAAGUGUGUACACAAGGGAUGCGGGAAGACGUUCACCGAUCCUGAGGAGGAGUGCAUAUACCAUCCAGGGCCGCCCGAAUUCCAUGAGGGUCAAAAAGGCUGGAAAUGCUGCAAACCUCGAGUCUUGACCUUCGACGAGUUCCUGGCCAUCCCACCCUGCACCAAAGGGAAACACUCGACCGUUGACGACACACCCGCACCACCACCCAAACCCGAAUCCUCUACAACAGCGCCGACGCCUGUAACCGUGCCCAUCACGAAACCUCUCUCGACCAACCUCGGCAAACCCAGCCAGCAACCGACCGCGUCGUCGACACCCAAGCCUGAGCCGCCUGAAGACGAAUCGGACGACUCCGAUGCCGAAAUCCCUGCCGGCGCGACAUGCAAGAGACGAGGAUGCGGGAAAGUUCGCGACGAAAGCAUUCCCCGCAAUGAGGAGGAGUGCGUGUAUCACCCAGGAGUGCCGCUUUUCCAUGAAGGCAGCAAGGGCUGGACAUGCUGCAAACGGCGAGUCCUGGAAUUCGACGAGUUCAUGAAAAUCGAAGGAUGUAAGAAGAGGAAGCGGCAUUGCUACGUGGGCAAGAAGAAACCCAACAACAACAACAACAAGGCCGGCGGGACCAACGGCGCGGCGGCCGCAGACGAGGAAGAGGAGAUGCUGAGUACUGUGCGCAACGACUUCUACCAGACGCCGACCAGCGUCAUUGUCAGCUUCUACUUGAAGAAGAUUGUCAAGGAGAAGGCCAAGGUCGAAUUCAAAGACAACGGAGUGGACAUUGAUUUGGAUUUGCCUACCAGCGAUGGCAAGCGGUUCAAGGCUACGAUACCGCUAUUUGCCCCUAUCGAACCCGGGAAGUCGCAGUUCAAGAUCAUGGGUACGAAGUUGGAGUUGGAGCUGGCUAAGAAGGAUGGAACGAGUUGGUCGACGCUGCGGAGUGACGAGAAGGGCACGGGCGAGAGGAUUCAGGUUGGAAGAGCUGCCAGAUUGUUGUAG